AUGUCAGAAUUUGCACCUAUUUUUAUCUAUUUAGUGAUCAGUCCGCUAGUUUCUUUGAUCCCACUCGGUGUUCCUUUUCCAUUUGCUUCCAAUAGUUCGACCUACCCAGAAAAAUUGUCGGCCUACGAAUGUGGUUUCGAUCCUUUCGGUGAUGCCAGAAGUCGUUUUGAUAUACGAUUUUAUCUUGUUUCUAUUUUAUUUAUUAUCCCUGAUCCGGAAGUCACCUUUUCCUUUCCUUGGGCAGUACCUCCCAACAAGAUUGAUCCCUUUGGAUCUUGGUCCAUGAUGGCCUUUUUAUUGAUUUUGACGAUUGGAUCUCUCUAUGAAUGGAAAAGGGGUGCUUCGGAUCGGGAGUAA